CUGCAAGAUAAUGGAAGAAAGCAACAGCAGCUCUGAAAAAGGGUUUCUUCUUCUGGGAUUUUCUGAUCAGCCCCAACUAGAGAGAAUACUUUUUGUUAUAAUUUUGCUCUUCUACAUCUUAAACCUACUGGGAAACACUGCCAUCAUUUUAGUUUCUUACUUGGACCCCAAACUCCACACUCCAAUGUACUUUUUCCUCAGCAACCUCUCUUGUGUAGACAUCUGCUUCACCACCAGUGUUGCCCCACAGUUGCUGGUUACUAUGAAUAAGAAAGACAAGAACAUGAGCUAUGGCGGAUGUGUGGCCCAGCUCUAUGUAGCCACUGGGCUGGGUUCCUCUGAGUGUAUUCUCCUAGCGGUCAUGGCUUAUGAUCGCUAUGCUGCUGUCUGCCGGCCUCUGCACUACACAGCCAUUGUGCAUCCUCAGCUUUGCGCAUCCCUGGCCAGCACAGCGUGGCUCAGUGGCCUCAUCACCUCCCUUAUUCAGUGCUCCCUUACUAUACAGCUGCCUCUUUGUGGUCAUCGCAAAUUGGACCAUAUUUUUUGUGAGGUGCCAGUGCUCAUAAAACUGGCCUGUGUGGACACAACUUUCAAUGAAGUAGAACUAUUCGUGGCCAGUGUAAUCUUUCUCGUUGUCCCUGUGUCACUCAUCCUAGUCUCCUAUGGCUUUAUAACGCGAGCUGUGUUGAGGAUUAAAUCAACAGCAGGCCGUAGCAAGGCCUUUGGCACUUGCUCCUCCCACCUGCUUGUGGUCAUCAUUUUCUAUGGGACCAUCAUUUUCAUGUACCUUCAGCCAGCUAAAAGUAGCUCCAAAAACCAGGGAAAGUUUGUCUCCCUUUUCUACACCAUAGUCACCCCACUUUUAAACCCCAUUAUCUACACUCUGAGAAACAAAGAUGUGAAAGGGGCCAUGAGGACACUGGUAACGGGAAAUGCUUUCAGUUCAUAA